GAUAAAUCGAUAGAUUCAAAAAGUUUCAUCUCUACGCGUCUGGAUCAGCUGGCUCUGCCCCUGCAAUUUUAGAACGAAGUUUCAGACGCCUGUUGUGAGGAAUUGAGGAGGAAUUUGUUAUUGGUCAGGCCACAGGACACCGGACAGCGGACAGUGGGUUCCGGACAGUGCCUUGUCGAAAGCAAUUUGCUCACGAAUCGCCGUUGUGCUAAAAUGCUGCUGCCCCGCUGCCAUUGCGAAACUUUGCAGCAGACGAGCGGACAACAAAAACAACCAAGAGGCAUCGCUUUCAGACAAGGGAGUCUACAGAAUCAAGGAAUAAUCAAUUAAAAUCGGUUCGCCGGAGCCAGUUUUCCAGGAGGGACUGGAGGAGUCGGGCAUUGGACAGGAUUCGGAGGGCCAGAGAGGACGAAAGCCAAAGCUGCCCGAACAGCUGCAAGGUUGCGUGGGCGGCAGUUGACGAAACCGACAGCGACCAAGUCGUCACUAGACAAAAAAGCAAGUUGCUAUGGAAAUGCGGGAGGUCUUGAGUCGAGAAGGGCGAGAGGCGAAGAAUCUGCUCGUCUACCAGUUCUGCGAUGAGACAACAACGCAUGCCACUGUUGGUGGAGGAGUUGGAGCGGGUGUGGACGGGGCAGGAGGAGGCGACGGAGCUGGAAGUGGAGGCGUACUCAUGAAUGGUGACUAUUACCGCAAACCCCCAAUGCCGCCCAAGUCCCCCAACGGAGGCACGCUCAAGAGCUACCAAUCCCCAACGUCGCCCAGGCUGAAAUCCUCUGGCAACGGAGGAUGUGGUGGCGGCGGAAGCGGAGGAAACAGUGCCCCGCGUGUUCGCAGCGCUUCCACUGGGCGGGACAAGAAGUCGGAGCUGCAGGCCAGGUACUGGGCACUCCUCUUCGGCAACCUCCAGAGGGCAGUGAACGAGAUCUAUCAGACCGUGGAGUGCUACGAGAACAUUUCCAGUUGCCAGGAGGCGAUACUCGUCCUGGAGAACUAUGUGCGGGACUUCAAGGCCCUCAGCGAGUGGUUCAAGGUUUCGUGGGACUACGAGUCCCGACCGCUGCAGCAGCGCCCCCAGAGCCUGGCCUGGGAGGUGCGCAAGAGCAAUCCCACACCCCGAGUUCGGACCAAGAGCCUCUGCAGUCCCAACACCUCUGGCAAGUCUAGCCCAGCCCUCUUCCCCGGCUCUCAGUCGGGCAAGACCUCGCCCUGCUGCGAUCCGGGACAAAUCUCGCCCAAGAAGCUCCUGCGAGCCUACGACCAAGUGCCAAAGGGAGCCAUGCGCCUGAAUGUCCGGGAGCUGUUCGCCGCUGCCAGCAAGCGAGCCACCCAGGGCUCGGCCCAGUCGGACACCAUCGAGGGCCCUCUGGACCUCAGCGGGGAUAAGUCCUCUUACCUUCAGCUGAACACCCAGUACUCGCAGACCGAUCUGGACGAUCCCCACUUGACGCUCGCCGACGUGCGGGAGAAGAUGCGCCGGGAGGCGGAGGAGAGAGAGGCUCAGGAGAAGCUGGAGAAGGCUGCUCUGGAACAGGCUAUACAAUCAGCAGCUGAGGAGCCAGUCGAGGAAGCUCCAGAAGUUCAAGACAAGCCAGAGGACUGCCUAGCCGAGACGGAUUCCGUGAAUGCCUUAGAGGUGGAGACCGAACUUCCCGCCCCAGAGAAGCCCGCUGAGCCCACUGCUCUGGAAAUGACGGUGGCCUCUCUGGACACCAUGGAGAACGCUCUCCUUGCGCAGCAGGCCAACAAAGAGCCCACACCUCCGACCACCCUUCUAAAGCCUGUGGCGGAGGUGUUUAAGAAACCGCAGCCCCCGAAUCUCCCGGCGGGAAACGUGACCCAGAAUAGCCCGCUGAAGUACUCCAGUGUUCUGAACAGGCCAGUGAAGAAGGUCUCGCAGCCCAGUGGAACGGUGCUAGGAGCAGGAGCUGUCAAGUCAGUGGCCGCCAAACCAGCCCCGAUAAAGGCAAACACCAUGCCACCUCCAGUGAACGGGCUGCGCCGCCCCAAAGUGGCAACCGGACAACCGAAGCCGGCGCGAACUACCGUGCAGCCGCCGCCGAGGCCUUCCAGCAAGACGGAGUGCUACGGGCCGCCCAACAAUGUGGCCUCCAGACUGUCGGCGCGGUCCAGAACCAUGCUGGAGAUCAACGGCAACACAACUGCCAACCCUGCAGCCGGAGCCCGAACACUGCCCAAGAGAAUCGGCUCCAGUUCCGUUCUAAACACUGCCAGAAAAGCCACGAUGAGCUCCAGGCUCAGUUCCCGGGAGGACAUUGCCAGCUCCACCUCGACGCUGAAGGCCAGCAACGAGCAACUGUCCAACUCCCGGAGCACCCUCAAGCAGGAAGACCGACAUUCCGAGCCCAAGCAGCUCCAACUGCCAACGGACGCCAACGACGGCUGGCUGACCGUGAAGAACCGCCGGAGAAGCAGCAUGCACUGGGCCAACAGAUUCCACCAGCCCACGGGCUACGCCAGCCUGCCCACCCUGGCCCUGCUCAACGAGCAGCAGAAGGAGCAGGAAAUCAAGGACAAGCAGAAGGCGGGAGACAGUAAAAUCGCCGGAAAAAGCAUUCCCAGCAAGUCCGGAGUGGUCUCUGGGGAGGCGAAGGCAACCAAGCCAAAGGCGCCUCUGGCCGCCUCUCGUCCGGAAAUCAAGAACGCCAAGGCCAAGGUGAACUCAUUCCCCGCCCAAAGGAGCACGGUCGGCCAGCUGAAGAAGCCAGAGAAGCCCGAAAAGGCCACACCUGCGAUGCCUCCGGGUGGCACCCGCAGUAGCAGCAGCAACAGUUCCAUCGGCUCCAGCCUGCGCACCUCCAUCAUCAAGCGGCAGAAGUCGGAUCUGACCGGCCUGAAGAUGACGUCCCUGCACAAGGAGUACAUGCGGAGCGAGAAGAACGCCCUGCGGAAGCUCCAGCAGAAGGAGCAGGGCAACAAGCCCAGCCAGAGCAACAGCAGCUCCUCGUCCGCGGAGACCGUGGUGGAGUCCAGCAACGAUGACCACAGCAAGAUCGACAUCAAGAUCCAGACCAACCGCGAGUUCUCGAAGACCAUCGGGGAGCUGUACGAGAGCAUCGCCCGCAACAAGCUGCCGAAUGGGAAUCUCAAGCCCCCGAACGAGUCCACCUUGAGCGCCUGCGACGAGAACGACGAGCAGAACGCGGAGGACAACGAGGAGGAGCGCAACGAGAGGAUGCUGGUGGAGGUGCAGGAGUCCCUGGAGCGCCAAAUCCGGGAGCUGGAGCAGACGGAGAUCGACGUGGACACCGAGACAGAUGAGACCGACUGCGAGGUUCAGCUGGAGGAGCAGGACGAGGUGGGGGACAUAGGAAGUGUGGACGAUGCGGCCGUGUUUGUGACCAUGAGCGACGAUGAGAACGCCAGUUUGGAGCUGCGCUACCAGGCCCUGCUAUCCGACAUGUCCUGGAACGAGAGGGCCGAGGCGCUGGCCACGCUGCAAGCCUAUGUGGCGCGGCACCCGGGAAGGGCCCAGGAGCUGCACCAGAAGCUAUCGUCGCCCUCCCGGCGUCGCUCCCUGCAGGAGACCCUGAAGAAGUACCAGGCCAAGCAGGCGAGGGCCCAGCAGAAGAGGAACCUGCUGCAGCAGGAGAAGGCGGCCAAGCUGCAGCAGCUGUUCGCCAGGGUGGAGGACGUAAAGGCCGCCCAGAAGCAGCUCAUCGAGGACAAGCGCCAGAAGAUGGAGGGCAGGCACCAGAGGGCGGCCGAGAACCGCGUCCAGUACCUCAGGCAGAUCAUCGAGAAGGCGCACGACGAGGAGAAGAAGCUCAAGGAGAUCAACUUCAUCAAGAACAUCGAGGCCCAGAACAAGCGCCUGGACCUGCUGGAGUCCUCGAAGGAGACCGAGGGAAGACUCCUGGACCUAGAGCAAGAGAGGCAGAAGAAAGUGGAGGAGAAGCUGGCCAAGGAGGCGGCCGUGGAGAGACGGCGUCAGGCCCUCGAAAAGGAGCGCUUGCUCAAGCUGGAGAAGAUGAACGAGACGCGGCUGGAGAAGGAGCAGAGGAUCGGGAAGAGGCAGGAGCAGAAGGAGCGGGAGCGCCAGGCGCUGGCUCGGGAGAAGGCCAGGGAUCGCGAGGAGCGACUCCUCGCCCUGCAGGUCCAGCACAAGCAGACCACCGAGGAGCUGCAGCGCAAGAUCCUCCAGAAGCAGAUGGAGUCCGCCCGCCGGCACGAGGAGAACAUCGAGCACAUCCGCCAACGGGCCCUCGAGCUGACCAUGCCCACUCGGCUGGCGGAGGAGGGUGGCCGGGGCGACCAGGAGGACGAGGAUGCCAUGAAUGGGAACACCACUAGCACCACGAACGAGGAUGGCGACGUGUCCUCAACCAUUUCGGAUGUGGGGGGCAUAUCCGGACACUCGAGGAGCUACAAGAAGAAGAUGAAGAAGCUCAAGCAAAGGAUGAGCCAGUGCGCAUCCGAGUACUUGGACGGCAUGGAACCCCUACCCGCCUACGUGAAACGGGACAGCACAGUGCCCAAGCUGCUGAACCUGGUGGUGAAGGGUGGCGGUGCUCAGGGACUGGACAGGACUCUGGGAAACCUCUUGAGGGUGAUUCCCAAGGCGCAGACCUUCGACUUUCAGGCCUUCCUCUGCAUGGACGGCCUGGGGAUCCUGGCCAGUCACGUGAUCAGCAAGGGCCUGGAGGAGAACUCGGAGAUCUCGAGGAAAUCUGUCCACCUGGCCGUGCAGCUGUACAGGAACGCCUGCUCGGUGUGCCCCCAGAUUGCCCGCCACGCUCUGCUGGGCAACUCCAUCACCGCCCUGUUCGACGCCAUCAACAAGAGCUUCCAGUUACCCGAAGAAAAAUCGCCACAACAUCCGGUCGAGUUGUCCACGGAGCUAAUGCUGGCCUGCACGGAGGCGCUGUCCUCCAGUUACGUGAAGAAGAACACCCACCCCAAAGUGCCGGAACGCCUGCCGGACAUGAUAAACUACGCUGUUGUUACGGGCCUCAUCGAAAUCCUUUCCCGCCGCAACCAGAAGGUGCGCGAGUCCAUCGAGAACAACCAGAGUGUGAUGCUGAGCCUGCUGACCACGUUGGGCUUCCUGUCGCGCUUCCUCGAUGUCUGCCAGCCAGGUCCUGCCGACCCAACACGGCUGCUGGCCGCCGCCAAGUCCAGCGAGCUCUUCGGCACAGUGGCCAUGCUGAACGGCAGCGUGGUGCCCAUAGGUGAAUGCAUUCCUCCGCGCACGACCGCCUUGGCGGCAUCCACUUUUAAUCUCUACGUGUCCCUGGCCUCGCUGGAUGUGAACACUUUCCAGGAUACUCUGUCGGUGGAGGGGCCGCUCUCGCUGCGGCUGCUGGACGUGAUGAGCGUCAUCCUGAACUACAGCGUCGCGAACGCCCAGUGGGUGAAGAACCACGAGAGCACCACCAUGCUGAUCGACCUGAUCGCCACGCUGGCCUUCUUCUGCGUGAACAACCGGCGGCACCAGGACCUCCUCAUAUCGGACCAGUUCGUGGUGAUCUUCAAGAGCCUGGCCAAGCUGUCGGCACAGUUCAACCCUGUGAUCUACCCGUUCUUGGUUACGGUUUGUUUCAACAACGCCCCGGUCAGGGAGCUGGUUUCCAAGGACUUUGAUUUGUCGUUCGUGGACGAGUACAGCAAGUCGGAGGUGGCCCAGAAGAACCACGUCAUCAAGCUGAUGCACACUCGUCACAAGGACAAGGUCCUCCAGUAAGAGGAGCCUGGGUCUGGCAAGGCGCAGCUCUAACUCCAAAGUGAUAUUAUUUUCAAAGAAAAUGAAAAAUGAUUAAGGAAGAAUCAAAACGGAACUCGAAACAUUCUCAAAGUGAAGAAGCCAAGCAGGAGAAGGAGGACUUCCAACGAAGGAAUACUUUUAAUAUUAAUUUAUGCAACUUUAAUCGAUGACUUAACUAGUUUACUAAACACCUCAUCGCUCGCACUCACACAUUCGCUAAACACAUUCUCACACGAAGUCAGACUCGCAUAGAAUUUACAUCCAGUACUACCUAUAUCGUUCUAGUUUAUGUUUAGUGCAAGUAUUAACGUUAGUUUAAGCGCCUAAUCGUACUCACGCUCUCAGUAAAUUCCCGGUUAUGUCACUCAUCCUCCCCAGACACCACACACCCCACACCAAACACCACACACCAUUAACCAGACUAGAAGUGAAAAGGCAAAUAAAUCAGCUGCGCAAUGUAUUUUUAUAGACAUUAAAGUUUUGUGCUAAAAAUAAUAAUUAAUAAAAGAAGUGAAGCCAA